AUGCCUCGUUUUCACCGUCGUGAGCAGCUCCCGCUCCAUAUUAAGCGCACUAUUUGCGCGCAUCACGUGGGGCACCCUCGCCUGCGUCAUGUUGACCUGGCGAGGUGGUGCUUUUCCCAGUACGGACUGCGCCCGGACCGCUCCACCGUCGGGCGCAUUCUGAAGUACGCCGAGCGCUGGGUUGUCGUGGCGACGGGCGACAACCAAGUGCGCCGCCGAGGCGACGCAUGGCCUGAGCUGGAGCAGGCCAUGGCGCGUUGGAUCGCAAACGCUGGGCCCGCUGGCGUCCCUCUGACGCUGCAGACAAUCCGCGACCAUGUCGCCACCAUGGCGCGGAACAUGGGCAUUCCGCCCACAUUUCGCUGCUCAAUCGGCUGGGUGCGCCGUGCGUUGUGGCGCCAGGGGGUGAGGUGCCGUGCCUCAGCCGGCGAGGCGGCCAGCGCUGACAUGGCCGCCGUGCGCGACGCCCGGGCGAAGCUGCCGCAACUUCUCACUCACCUCGGCCUCAGCCCGCGCGACACGUUCAACCUGGACGAGACCGCGCUCUGGUUGUCCUUGUUCACUCAUUUCAUUUCGCAGCUCAAUGCUGCAAUGUACGCGGAAGGACGCCACAUCGCCGUUUUGCUUGACAACGCGAGCUCGCACAUGCUACGGAGCGAGCACGCGUGGAGCGAGAUUGUUUGCGGCAUGAGGACGACUUGCCUGAGCAACGUCCGUCUCGUCUUCCUGCCGCCGAACACCACUGCCUUCACCCAGCCCCUUGACCAGGGCAUAAUUGCCACCGCAAAAGCCCGCUACCGCCAGCACUGGCUGCGGGCCUUGACGGCUCUUUGGAACGCCGACGGGGCGACAAGCGCUGUCGCGCGGUACCGACUGAACCUGCGCGACGUGUUGGGGUGGUUGUCGGAUGCGUGGACGAGUGUCGGUGCGCGCACGAUCCAGAGGUGCUGGUGGCGCACGGGAUGUCUCCCGGUGUCGUGGUCUAUGGAGUUGACGCACGUUCACGACGACGAGCCCGUCCCUGCCGUCUAUCCUGACAUUGAGCUCAAUGACGACAUCGACGAUGUCGGCACGCUCAUCAGUGGGCUCGGCCUCGGCAACGGCGCGAUGACGGCCGCCGAGUACGUCGCCAUCAACGACGCCGAGCCGACGUGCGCCGAACGCGCGGCGGAACAGACGACGGCGGAGGCAGAGGCGGGCCUGGUGGUGGAGCUCUGGGAGGCACCGACGACCAUGCAGGCCGUCUACGACGAUGUCGACCCCGUGGGCCGUGAAGCGCGGCGCACUGCCCGGGCGGCAUUCGAAAUGCUCAUCGGAUAUGCUCGCGCCACGUGCAUCACGCCGCGCGACCUCUGCCACCUCUUCGAUAUCCGCAACCCCAUCAUUAUCGAGAGGAUGGAGUGGGCAAGCCCGGCUUUCAAUCUCAACGUGGCCCCUCCGCCAGUGCCUACCCCCGGCGCUACACCCACGCCCGAGGCCCCUCGUCCGCGCGGCCGUGUGCUGCCUGGCUGGAUGACCCAGCCGUCCCGCCGUCAGCAGCUGCUUGACGCCGGUGUGGGCGCCGUGAUGGACGGGUAUGUUGACGCGGCGGAAUGGAUGCGCCUGUGA